CUACACAAAACUCCAUGACGUACUUCACAAACCAGAUUCUAAAUUUCUUUCCGCUUGCAGAAAUUAAAAACAAUUCAGGACAUGACCUCACCUGUAGGUCAUCUAGGGAUCCAUUGUAUUGAUAAAGGGUAGAGAAGAUGUGUGCGGCAGCCAACGAUGAUGAAUUUUCCUUAGGAUCUUGGUCAGAAGUUGAUCAUUUUGGUGAAAUUGAACAUGGUUUUGAAACCGGAUUUCACAGUUUACCCUCAAUGCAUUAUGAUUUGGAACAAAAAACAGAAAAUGGCAAACAUAAUUGUCAUGGGUCUCACACAACUGUUUCCCUGUCAGAGGAAGAAUCAGACAAGAAAACAUUGACCCCUCACAUCGACCCAGCGCCAAAUGGAUAUGGUUCUAAAAGUAAAACGAAACCAAAAAUAUCAAUAAAAAAGAAUUCACAAUCAGAGCUAAAGACAUUGCCAGGAUUUAUAUCAAGCAAAGAUGAACCAGAGCAAAAGGAUAAAGUCAAAACAAAAUUGUUGUCAAUGUGGAACAAUAUGAAAUAUGGCUGGGCAGUCAAAAUUAAAACAAAUUAUAGUUAUGAAACUCCAGUGUGGUUCCUUGGUAAAGUCUACUCCAGCACACCUCAAGAGAGAGAUGAAGAUAUAGAGCGAUAUGGAUUAAUUACUAGUAUGGAGGAAUUCAAACAGGACUUUUCAUCAAGAAUAUGGUUCACAUACAGACAAGGUUUUCCUCCUUUACCAAAGUCUACACUUACAACAGAUCUCGGCUGGGGGUGUAUGUUAAGAACAGGACAGAUGAUGCUAGCCCAAGCUUUUGUCAUGCACUUUCUUGGAAGGGACUGGAAUUGUUGGAAAGGCUGUACUGAUGUGGAUCGUGUGUUUCAUAGACAAAUUAUAAGAUGGUUUGGGGAUAUGCCAGGUGAUCAUAGCCCAUUUUCUAUUCACAAUUUAGUGCACUAUGGUCUACGUAUGGGGAAACAAGCAGGGGAUUGGUAUGGGCCAUCAUCAGUUGCACAUGUUCUCAAAGAGGCCAUGGAUAAUGCCCCCAUAAUCAACCCACUUAUUGGUGACAUCUGUCUCUAUGUGGCACAGGAUUGUACAGUUUAUGUACAAGAUAUUGUAACCUUGUGUACGCAAAGAAGGAGGAGUUCAACCUCCACCAGCAUAACAUCAGAUGGCUCCUCCCACUCUGCAAACAAAACAACACAACAAACUGAAAAAUGGCGAUCUGUGAUCAUAUUGAUUCCUGUGCGACUUGGUGGUGCUGCUUUAAAUGUGAUAUAUAUAGACUGCAUCAAAGCUCUACUUGCAAUCCCAGGAUGCCUGGGAAUAAUUGGAGGAAAACCAAAACAUUCUCUGUAUUUUCUUGGCUGGCAAGAUGAUAAACUGGUGUAUCUAGACCCUCACUGCAGUCAAGAUGUUGUUGACACUAGAUCCAGAGACUAUGACACUCGUACAUUCCACUGCAUGUCUCCUCGCAAGUUAUCAAUAGAGAAAAUGGACCCGAGCUGUACAAUAGGAUUCUACUGUAAAAACAAAGAAGACUUUGAUGAAUUUGUUGUAAGGACUCAGGAGGUUGCCUUUCCCCCCAUGCAGAAAGAUCAAUAUCCCAUGUUUAUUUUCUCAAAUGGCAUGAGCUCUGAUGUUUCAAUGAGUAACUCUUCAGGAGAGGAGGUAGAAAAAGUUGUUAAAGUACGCCACAUCGAUGUGGAUAGGCAAGGGAAUGUAAUCAAAACAAGUAUGAAAGAAUCUGAAGAUUUUGUUUUUCUAUCAUGACCUGAUUUAAUCAGAUUACAUGCAAUGCAAUUUACAUAAUGAAAUUAAUAUAUAAAGACUUUGGGAUGGUUCAAAAGGAAGCUGCAAGAAGGACGUGCGUAGGUCACACAAUUCAAGAAAUUAUCAAUCAUACUAAGCACAAUGCUUUGUUGCACUGACUCUCAUUAUACUGAAGGUUACUGCACUGGACAUGUUAAACACAGAAAUGAGACACCGAUUCAAAUCUAGUCAAAAAAUAUAUAAUGUGAAAUACUGAUUAUAGGACAGUAGUGGAUAUCGUGAUAGAUGAUCAAAUGUUGUCAUAAUUCUCUGGUACUCCAUAUCAAAUGUGCA